AAUUGAAGGGCCUGAUUGACUGUUUGCUCUAAUCUUUUCUCGAAAACCUUUUUUUCUCUGGACAAUCUUUAGAAGACAAAAAAAUGGUUUCAGCAGCGGCAACACUCUCAUCACUCCAUAAUAUCCAACACCUCAUCUUCUCCACAAAACCCUCUCUUCUUAAACCCAUUGCUUCACUACCUCGCAUCAUUUGCUCUUCGUCUUCUCAGGAAUUCAACAUCUCAUUCGCCCCUCCAAAACCCAAACCAAAGCAACAAACCCAGUUCGAUUUCUCCAACCAAGAAGGUCAGCUCUUCAUUCCCUGGAUUGUUCGCGGCGAAGACGGCAAUCUCAAGCUCCAAUCUCACCCACCCGCCCGCUUACUUCACGCUCUUGCUGAUGCUAAAACUCAGAAUCCCAAGAAGAAGAUUAAGAAGAAGAGUGUUGGUGUAAAAAAAGAUGAUGCUCCCAUUGCUAAGGCUCAAAUUUCUGCUGGGCCCGAGAGGACUUAUUCGAAAGCUGCCCGUAGAUUUUACAAUGAGAAUUUUAGAGAGCAGCCGCAGCGGCUGAGUAAGGUUCUUGCAGCUUCUGGAGUGGCAUCAAGAAGGAACUGUGAGGAGCUUAUUUUCGAAGGAAAAGUUACUGUUAAUGGUUCUGUGUGCAACACUCCUCAGACACGAGUUGAUCCCGGAAGAGAUGUCAUUUAUGUUGAUGGAAAUCGCCUUCCUAGAAGACUGCCUCCGAAGGUGUAUUUUGCACUUAAUAAGCCAAAAGGGUACAUUUGUUCUUCUGGGGAGAAAGAGUCCAAGUCUGUGAUAAGCCUAUUUGAUAGCUAUUUCAAGAGUUGGGAUAAAAUAAAUUCUGGACGGCCUAAACCUCGACUUUUUACUGUUGGACGUCUCGAUGUUGCCACAACUGGGUUAAUUAUCGUGACCAAUGACGGAGAUUUUGCUCAAGCACUUGCACAUCCUUCAUUUAACUUGUCAAAAGAAUAUAUUGCAACCAUAGAGGGUGUAGUAAACAAGCGGCAUUUAAUAGCCAUCAGUGAAGGAACUACUAUCGAAGGAGUCCAUUGCACUCCGGAUUCUGUAGAGCUGCUACCUUCACAGCCAGAUAUGUCAAGACCUCGUCUUCGCAUAGUGGUUCAUGAAGGGAGAAACCAUGAAGUUCGAGAACUUGUGAAGAAUGCUGGACUGGAGGUUUACGCAUUAAAGCGUGUAAGAAUUGGCGGAUAUAGGCUUCCUUCAGAUCUUGGGAUUGGGAAGCAUGUUGAACUAAAAAAAAGUGAAUUGAAGGCAUUGGGUUGGAAGAAUUGAAAGUAUUGCUCCUCUACUGCCAUAUUAUGAGUUUUCUUCCUGAUUGUGAAUUCAAGGUUUCAGAUUGAAUUUUGCCCGUGCCCUAUGGUUUACAGUUGAAACGUCUCCUGGUAAUAUCUUUCAAGGUACGCCACUGCCAGUAAUAGUAGGAAUGCUAUAUGACCAGAAGGUAAAUACAAGAUGGGAGUCCGUUAAUUAAAUUUGGAAAUCAUCUAUGUUAUGAGGAAUGUAUAUUAUUGACAUACGUUUUGAAAUGUAAAUGUGUUCUUACUGAGAAUGUGUAACUUUUUUUUUUGGGGUAAGAAAACAUCUCAUCUAUUAACAUUGGUUUUAGAACCUUAGAGGACAAGGUUGAUCUUUGCACAA